AGAGCAGUGAGCAAAGGGGAUGUGAGCAGAGGCCAGGGCUUGCACCCAUCCUGCACGCCACGGGGCAGGGGUGGGAACCGUAGCCUGGUUCUGCCUUAGACAGGAUGACAGGCACAGGAUGCUGCAUUUGGGACAUGGGAUGCCAGAUGUGGGAUGCAGCACGUGAGACGUGGUACGCCAGAUGUGAGAUGCUGCAUUUGAAGCAUCCAGGAGUGAGGGUGCCAGCAGGCUCCACAGUGUCUGGUGCGAAGCAGCCAUGCGCAGGUGCUGUGAGGGUGUGGGAGGACCUGAGCACCCGCUGGUUUCACUGCUGCCUUCCCCUUCCUGCUAUGGGUGCUGUGAGUCCGUCUCCGCUGCGCUUGCAAAACGAAAGCACUGACGAGGUGAUGCGCUGUCUCCCAUCCUUGCAGCCCCCAGCAGAGUGUGGGCGCAGGGUGCUGGUAGCCACCAGACACCCUGGAACCCCCUCUCAUUGCUGCCCACACCUCACUGCUGCCCUGCCUCUUCCCCAUCCCAUGCUGGGGAUUUCCUUAGGCAGGAAGCAACCGGCAGGGAUAGCACAGAUCUGUGCAGGGCCAGCACCGGCGGUGACACCGGGCACUGGGCCUGGCGUUCACCGGUAUCGGUACCGGCGGCGGAGCGGGCGCGGCGCGGCGGCGCUUCCGUGGGCCCACCCGGUGCGGCGGGAGGGGCCGGGCGGCGGAAUGGGCACGCUUGCUCUGACAGCGGAUUGAAGCGUGCGGGUGCCAGCGUGACGGAGAGACGGGGACCCCACAGCGGGCAGCUGGCGUUGUGCUCCAGCCUCCAGGGAUGGCCGAGAAGUGCAGCGAGGGGCUGCUGAACGGCGCCGUGCCCGGGGAGCGCAGUAAGCAGGACAAGAGCGUCAAACGUGGCAACUGGGGCAACCAGAUCGAGUUCGUGCUGACCAGCGUGGGCUACGCCGUGGGGCUGGGCAACGUCUGGCGCUUCCCGUACCUCUGCUACCGCAAUGGGGGAGGUGCCUUCAUGUUCCCCUACUUCAUCAUGCUGGUGUUCUGCGGCAUCCCUCUCUUCUUCAUGGAGCUCUCCUUCGGGCAAUUCGCCAGCCAGGGCUGCCUCGGCGUCUGGAGGGUCAGCCCCAUGUUCAAAGGCGUGGGCUACGGGAUGAUGGUGGUGUCCACGUACAUCGGGAUCUACUACAACGUGGUGAUCUGUAUUGCCUUCUACUACUUCUUUGUGUCCAUGACGCGUGUGCUGCCCUGGACGUACUGCAGCAACGCCUGGAACACGCCCGACUGCGUGGGGGUGCUGGACGGGAACCUCUCCAGCCACGCUGCCGUCAACCUCACCCGCCUCCUCAACGCCACCCAGAAGCGCACCAGUCCCAGCAAGGAGUACUGGAGGAGGUACGUGCUCAGCCUCUCGGAUGACAUCGGGAACCUGGGCGAGGUGCGGCUGCCCCUGCUGGGCUGCCUCGGCGUCUCCUGGGUCGUCGUCUUCCUCUGCCUCAUCAAGGGCGUCAAGUCCUCGGGGAAGGUAGUGUACUUCACGGCCACUUUCCCCUACGUGGUGCUCACCAUCCUCUUCGUGCGCGGCAUCACGCUGGAAGGGGCCCUCACCGGCAUCAUGUACUACCUGACCCCACAGUGGGACAAGAUCCUCGAUGCCAAGGUGUGGGGUGACGCAGCCUCGCAGAUCUUCUACUCACUGGGCUGUGCCUGGGGUGGGCUCAUUACCAUGGCUUCCUACAACAAGUUCCACAACAACUGCUACCGGGACAGCAUCAUCAUCAGCAUCACCAACUGCGCCACCAGCGUCUAUGCCGGCUUUGUCAUCUUCUCCAUCCUGGGCUUCAUGGCCAACCACCUGGGCGUGGACAUCUCCAAGGUGGCCGAUCAUGGCCCUGGCUUGGCCUUUGUUGCCUAUCCUGAGGCCCUCACCCUACUGCCUAUCUCUCCACUCUGGUCCAUCCUCUUCUUCUUCAUGCUCAUCCUCCUGGGGCUGGGCACACAGUUCUGCCUACUAGAGACGUUGGUCACGGCCAUUGUGGAUGAGGUGGGCAAUGAGUGGAUCAUCCGCAGGAAGACCUUUGUGACGCUGGGGGUGGCUGUGGCAGGCUUCCUGCUGGGCAUCCCUCUCACCACACAGGCGGGCAUCUACUGGCUGCUGCUGAUGGACAACUACGCCGCCAGCUUCUCCCUGGUCGUCAUCUCUUGCAUCAUGUGUGUUGCCAUCAUGUACAUCUACGGGCACCGCAACUACUUUAAGGACAUCGAGAUGAUGCUGGGCUUCCCACCGCCGCUCUUCUUCCAGAUCUGCUGGCGCUUCAUCUCACCUGCCAUCAUCUUUUUCAUCCUGGUCUUCACAGUGAUCCAGUACCGACCCAUCUCCUACAAUGAGUACGUCUACCCUACCUGGGCCAUCAGCAUCGGUUUCCUCAUGGCGCUCUCCUCCGUCAUCUGCAUCCCCAUCUACGCCAUCUACAAAGUGUGCCACUCUGAGGGGGACACGCUACUGGAGCGCUUGAAAAAUGCAACCAAGGCAAGCAAGGACUGGGGCCCAGCGCUGGCAGAGCACCGCAGUGGGCGCUACGCCCCAGCAUUCAGCCCCUCCACCGAGUCCCACCUGGAGGUGCAGCCCCUGCACCCGGAGAAAGCACGGAACGAGGCCGCGGCUGCGUCCCCUGUGCAGGGCAGCAACGGCUCGGCCCACAGCCAGGACUCCAGACUGUGACCCCCCGCCAUCCCCCCACCCCCUCUAACCCCUCCCGCGUGGUGACACUUUCGCACCUUCUGCUGGCGGAGCCAGGCUCUGGGCCGCACCGGAUGGCAGGGGGCUCUCAGUGACCGUCCCCGAGACCCCCGACCUCCUCUCCGGUUAACCCCCUCCCCUCCGUGGCGUUUGUUAACCCCCAUGUUUACGGUAACCUUCAUGUGCGAUGCUGGGACGAGAGAGGAGAGGGCACAGCCCCGGGAGGGCCGGGAGCCAGAGGCACUUUGCAGGGGACUGGUGCCCUCAGGCCGCGCGGGUGGAGAGGGCUCCGGGUGGGAGUGGGAACACUAUGGGGGCACUGUGCCUGGGACAGGACACAAAUCUCCUGGGCUUGGUCCCACAGGGCCAUGGUGGCAGGGGGUGACGCGGCAGGGACCCCCCAGCAGUGCAUGGAGCAUGGGGGGGAACGGGGUGAGCACACUGCCUGCACCAGCAGCACACGGUACAAGCACUUAGGCACGCGUGCGUGUGGGUGAGCACAUACCCCACGCACACAGGCACGCACACUCAGUACCUGCAGCUGCACGGGAGGCACACUGUGCAUUGCACACGCAGGGUGUGCACAGCCCCGUCCAUGCAGCACACCCCAUGCUGGGGGCUGCAAGUGUCCCAGCAAAGGUGGGUGCAGCCAUGGGCAGUGUGGGUGCCUGGCGGUCCCACUGCCUGGCACAGGUUGGGGACCUUCCAUGGUGCUAAGGGGGAGCAAGGUGGAGUGGCCCUCAGCUGCUGCUAACGAGAGGUACCAGGGGAGGUGUGGAGGGCUGAGCCAGCCCACUCGCUCCGAGCCAUCUUUUGGGUACGCUUUGUCCCCAACCAGUAUUAGUGGAGCAGGAUGCGCUGGGAAGGCCAGGUGAUUUUCAAUCUGUCUUCCAACUACAGCCAACGUGCUGUAGCUCUUGGUUUGCGGGAGGAUGGGAUCCUUCCCACCCCAACCACUCCCCUGCCAGUCAGCGCCGUGCUCCCUGUGCCCUGAGACUUGCACAGGGAUGCAGCACGGUGGGGAUGCGGCGAGGGGCAGCAGGGCACUAAGCCCCAGCAAGGAUGUUCCAGCUCCCUUGGCCCCAUCCCGAGCCCCACCGUGUGAUGCGGCGGAGAGGCACAGUUUCCUGCAUGGUGCCCAUGCCCUGCCCCAUGUGUCACGACGCUACUGUUCACCUCUAAUUGUUAGCAAUAACGCGCGCGCGUCCCUGGGUAGCGCUGCCUGUGCCAGUGUCUCUCCCGGUGUAGACUUCUAAAGUAUCCUAGAUUUUAAUGAGAUUUAUAUUCCUGUG